UUAUUUAGAGCUGGAUAAGACCGAUGCGCAUGCGCGCAAGAUGCGGCUGCCUGACAAGUUUGGGUCUCGGGAAAAGUUCAGCUCGCUAUCGCUUGCUUUCAAUGAAGAGAAACAUCUGGCCUCAAAACUGUUUCUUUACCCGAGGACGUGGCGUACGAAAUGACCACAAAUGCAAAGUUCCGAAAUGGCGACGGAAUGAGUUCAUCUUCUUGGACGUAAAAGCGGCGGCGGACGCUGCUCCGUGUUUUGCCACCGUUUGGCCGCUAGAUGGCGCAAGUGUCCCAGUUUUCCUUGGGAUUAGCGGCAGAUUGCAGCUUGCAUCAGUUUUGCGUUAUACCAUCAAGUGGCUUCAAAGCUGCAAACCAUGAAAUGGCAUUCAAAGGCAAAGCGGUCGAUUCAAAGACCGUGCUGCUCAAUCUGUUGCUGUGCCUGCUCAUAUUUUACUCCCUUUUCUACAUGAUCGGCAGUGUGUGCUUCGGUGCUUUCAGGUUGGACCAGUUUGACGGGCUGAUUCCAUUCGAUUUUAAAACUGAACCUGCUGAGUCUAACUCCAAAUACCUGGUCAACCUCCUCUCCUUGGAGCUGACCUACUUUUGUAGUGGCAUACUGUUUGCUGCAGUGGUGAAGAGGCGGGUGUGGGACUACGCCCUCACUGUCACACUUCUUCAUGUCAUAAUCACCAGCCUGGUGAUGUUGGAGUUUCCUACAGUUUGGCAGUGGUGGCUGGCUUUAGUUAGCGGCUUGUUUUUGAUGAUUUGCAAUGGUCAGCUGAUUGCUUACUUCACAUGUCAGAGUGAGCAGAGCUACUCCACCUUCAGCUACUACUGACAAGCUGUAAAGGCAAAAGAUGAGGAUAACAUCAGCUUAUUUAAAUUAUUCUGUUAAAAAGGUUAAACUUGUGUUUAUAUACAUGCACUACACACAGAGUGAUCUAUUUCAAGUGUUAAUUACUGUUAAUUUUGAUGAUUAUGUUUUACAGUUAAUAAAAGCCCCAAAUUCUGUCUCUUAGAAAAUUCAAAUAUUACAUAAAACCAAUGAAAAUGAUUGUUAAAAUGUAAAAGACUGCUAGCAGCCCCACCAGUUUGGGGUAAGUCAACAAAGACCAUUGCUAGAGAAGCUGACUCCUGACAGACUGCUGCAUCCAAGCAUAUCAAUGGAAAGUUUAGUGGAACGAAAAUAGUAAUGGUAGAAAAGUAGGAAAAGGGGUGAUUACAGUGAAGUUAAGUGUUUAAUGGGAGAUUUACAAGACAAGACAGCAGUAGCUGAAUUCAGAGCUUCAUGAACUUCCACUGACAGAAUAUGGGCUGCAACUGUCCUGUUCUCAUCUUAAGUCACCCCAAAACCAGAAACAACAGAAACCUCUGAACUGGGCCAAAGAGAAAACGCACUGGUCUAAGCAUGCACUGGUCUAAGCAUGGACUGGUCACUGGUAUUAAAGCUGCAGUUGGUAACUUUUAUUUAAAAAAAAUGUUUUUUUUUUUUUUUUUUUU